GUCGGACUGGCUUAAUUCGGCCUUUGAUUUGCUCACCAGAAGUGGUAUAACUGCUAUCCCCGACUCGGCGUGCAGGAUAAUGUGCAACGACGAACUCAUUCGAGCGGACGUUAAUAACAUUCACACUAUUGGUAUCUACACGAUUGAGCCCAGGGCCCAUAAGUCCACACAACCUUGUAGCAAAGCAGAGAAGCCCGAGCUGCAAUUAUUUGUCAAAAUGAAUCUUCUGGACAUUGAUAUGGGGACAUCAAAGCCGACUCUUGAAUGACCAUGGUGAGCAUCUGGGAUGUCAUGUGCUAGUUCACGUGACACCGGGUGUCACUGCUCUCGACUCACAUAGUGGUGGGGCAGCCUUAGUAUCGCGGAGCUUCUCUUUCCAUCGUCUCCAAAAAGCUUGAAAAACUUAUACCAGAUUACCGCUCGAAAGUGAGCCAAUCGCAAAUUCCCACACUCCAAAAUGCUGCUCUUCUGCCCCAGCUGCGCCAACGUCCUAACCGUCUCGGCCAUGGAGACGGGCAAGAACCGACUCGAGUGCCGAACGUGCCCGUAUGAGUUCGCCAUCAACGAGCCCCUCUUCAGCCGCAAGGAGUUUGCACGCAAGGAGCGUGAGGACGUCUUUGGCGGACCCGGCGCGUGGGACAAUGCGCAAAAGGGUCGCGUGCAGUGCCCCGCCGACAACUGCGACGGCGAGGAGGCUGCCUUCUUCCAGGUCCAAAUCCGCAGUGCCGAUGAGCCGAUGACAAGCUUUUACAAGGUGCGUUUUUUUUGAAGUCGUGAUGACUGUCGUUGUUAUGUUUUAGCCAGUCUGUGCGCGUUUGGUUUCUACCGAGAAACACAAAAACGCCACGAUGACAUCACAUGAUUGAAGUAUGUGCUAAUGUGUUGUGUCUUUUCGGCGCUUCGUAGUGCAUGACUUGCGGCCAUAGAUGGCGUGAGAACUGAGGGAUCGUCGUCGGUGGUUGUUUCGGUAUUUUGGUAUUUUUUUUUCUUUUUGCGACGGAGUGGGGGAAGAGCCGCCUGGCAGUCUUCUUGCUUUCGGAUCUGUUAAUUACGGCGAAAUGGCGUUCGCAGCGGAGGCGUUCGGUUGGCUUUAAUAUCGUGGCUUUGAAUGUGUGCAGAUUUUUGGCGCCCUGGGCUGGGCGAGCUUUGGUCGUCGCCAAGUGAUCUCAAUACCUCGUACCCCUUCUCUCGAAAUUCCAAGGCCUUUCCUAGUGAUAUCAUGAAUCCCCUUUUUUUUUUCAAGGCUUCUUGUCCUCCAUGUGCCACUCGACGGCAGCCCGCAUCCCUUGCUCUACCAGCGCGUUUACCAGCUCCGGCAUGAUGAUGUCCUGCCUGAACUUCUCCUGCUGCAGCAACUCAAGGCUGCGCAGGGUAGGUCCGGGAUAGGUCAGGUACUUGACGUACGGUGGGCGGGUCCAAUACUGUAGGUAGUCGAGGUAGGCGACGAAGGCGGGCUGGGAGAGCACCUUGCUCACGGCCAGGUGAUUCAGGUAGAUGGGGUUGCCUAGGGCCUGCACGAACUCAAGCUCGAUCUCGAAGCGCGUGUGGCCGCCGUACUUGGGCUCAUCGGCGGUGGAGGACGUCGCAGGCGGGGGAUCCGAGGUGGUGGCUGAGGGCUGCGGCACAGCAUCGGACAUUUUGUUUGAGUUUUCCCGUGUGAGGCUGUCUGCGGUGUUUGGAGAUGAUGUAAAAUUUGUAGGGGAACAAGCUUUCCUGCAGAUAGAGUAAUUGGAAUUACCG